GCGCAGAUGCCGCGGGGGCCGCUCGCAGCCGCCGCCGACUUGGGACCGGGCCCCGGGCCGCGGCCGGGCUGACCCCGCGCCCCCGCCGGGCCCUCCGCCGGCCGCGCCGACCCACGGCCCCAGAAAUCACCGUAUUUUCGACUCCGUGGCCCUGUGACACUCGUUCCGCUUGUCAUUUGUUGAGUGACCAAUCCGAUGGGUGGAGUGUGUUAUAGAAAUUGGCAGCAGGUAUCCAAUGGGUGAAGAAGAAGCCGACUGGGGGAGUGCGCAGCCCUGACGUGAUGUGCUCGGUGAGCAGAGACCUUCCGCUCCAAGAGAGGUCUGCGUGACGCGUCCGGGAGGCCACCACCGGCCAGGCCGCCACAGGGUCGGUGUAAGGGGUGACAGCCGCAUUCUCCUGUGCCUACCACGUAACCAAAAAUGAAGGAGCACUACUGUUUACAAGCCGCCCUGGUGUGCCUGGGCGUGCUGUGCCACAGCCAGGCCUUGGCCACAGAGCGGCGGAGCCACCUGCGCCCCUCGUUCCACGGGCACCACGAGAAGGGCAAGGAGGGGCAGGUGCUGCAGCGCUCCAAGAGAGGCUGGGUCUGGAACCAGUUCUUCGUGAUAGAGGAGUACACCGGGCCUGACCCCGUGCUCGUGGGCAGGCUUCAUUCCGAUAUUGACUCUGGUGAUGGGAACAUUAAAUACAUUCUCUCAGGUGAAGGAGCCGGAACCAUUUUUGUGAUUGAUGACAAAUCAGGGAACAUCCAUGCCACCAAGACACUGGACCGAGAGGAGAGAGCCCAGUACACCCUCAUGGCUCAGGCGGUGGACAGGGACACGAACCGGCCGCUGGAGCCACCAUCGGAGUUCAUUGUCAAGGUCCAGGACAUUAACGACAACCCUCCUGAGUUCCUGCACGAGACCUAUCACGCGAACGUGCCUGAGAGGUCCAACGUGGGAACGUCGGUCAUCCAGGUGACCGCCUCAGAUGCCGAUGAUCCUACGUAUGGAAACAGCGCCAAGUUAGUGUACAGUAUCCUGGAAGGACAGCCCUACUUUUCAGUGGAAGCACAGACAGGUAUCAUCAGGACAGCCCUUCCCAACAUGGACAGGGAAGCCAAGGAGGAGUACCACGUGGUGAUCCAGGCCAAGGACAUGGGUGGACACAUGGGUGGCCUCUCAGGGACAACCAAAGUGACGAUCACACUGACUGAUGUCAAUGACAACCCACCAAAGUUUCCGCAGAGCGUGUACCAGAUGUCUGUGUCAGAAGCGGCUGUCCCCGGGGAAGAAGUAGGAAGAGUAAAGGCAAAAGACCCAGAUAUUGGAGAAAAUGGCUUAGUCACAUACAAUAUUGUUGAUGGAGACGGUAUGGAAUUGUUUGAGAUCACGACGGACUAUGAGACACAGGAGGGCGUGGUCAAACUGAAAAAGCCCGUAGAUUUUGAAACCAAAAGAGCAUACAGCUUGAAGGUAGAGGCGGCCAACGUGCACAUUGACCCGAAGUUCAUCAGCAACGGGCCUUUCAAGGACACUGUGACGGUGAAGAUUGCAGUGGAAGACGCUGAUGAGCCCCCCAUGUUCUUGGCCCCGAGUUACAUCCAUGAAGUCCAAGAAAAUGCAGCCGCUGGCACUGUGGUUGGGAGAGUGCAUGCCAAAGACCCUGAUGCUGCCAACAGCCCCAUAAGGUAUUCAAUCGAUCGUCAUACUGACCUCGACAGGUUUUUCACUAUUAAUCCAGAAGACGGUUUUAUUAAAACCACGAAACCUUUGGACAGAGAGGAAACCGCCUGGCUCAACAUAUCCGUUUUUGCAGCAGAAAUCCACAAUAGGCAUCAGGAAGCCAAAGUCCCGGUGGCCAUCAGGGUCCUUGACGUCAAUGAUAACGCUCCCAAGUUUGCUGCCCCUUAUGAAGGCUUCAUCUGUGAGAGUGAUCAGACCAAGCCACUUUCUAACCAGCCAAUUGUCACAAUUAGUGCAGAUGACAAGGAUGACACAGCCAAUGGACCAAGAUUUAUCUUCAGUCUACCCCCUGAAAUCAUUCACAAUCCAAAUUUCACAGUCAGAGACAACAGAGGUACUGUCAUGUGGAGGCUGGCAUGCUGUGACCUGGAGGCUAAGUUUUUCGUGGAUGACACGUUGAAGACUAGAUUUUAAAUUGUGCCUUCUGCAGGUGUACAAAAGCAAAACACUCAGUUUACAUCCCCUCCAAACAACACCCUGGCUGACAGGGUGUGACCCAGUAGACAAACUAAAUAAAUGAUCUGUUGGGGCUGUCGCCCAGAUCGGAGAAGUGUAUUUGGCCAAGCUAUUUAAUUAAUUCCCUUUUCUUCUUUGAUUUUUAAUUUUCACUUUUAUUCAUAGUGGCAUUAGUGAUAAUUCAUAUCAUUAAAAUGGGGUAGAUAGUGUCACUUUUCAUUUGUCAAAGUCUUAUUUGAACUCCAAUGCAUGAGAAGGGAAAAAUCGCAUAUUUUGAAAGAAUUUGUUUUAGACAUGUAAAUUUUUUGUGAUCCUUAGGCAUAGAACAAUGGUAUAAGCUCAACAGGAGCGAACAGUCAGGAAACUGAAUUUUCAGUUAAUAGUCUAUUUGGCCAACAUACUCUAUUUUUUCAUGGUUCUCUAUAGUACAUAUAAUUUUUUUCCCAGUGAUAAGGACAAUAUAUGCCAGUUAUGCAAUUCAAAAAAUACAGAAAUGGGGGCUAAGUCUUCUGCCUUGUUUUGUUUGAGAUGUUGGCAACGACGGGCAGAGAAUCUGUCCUCAUGCAGCUUUAUCAAAAAUCAGGGCAUUCACACCCCUUGCCUUCUGCAGUCCUCAGAAUAUCUUCUCACCCCUAAAUCAGAUUCAAUCUACCUUUUAUAUCUAAUAUAUUUCAUCUCAUAUAAAAUGUACUACUACAUUUCCUUUCAUCUAGAAGAUAUCAAUUUAAUUUUGAGAUUCUAAGAUAUUUCUUCCUAUGACAAGAACUAAUUCACGGUACUGUCCGUCCACCUAAAACCUGCCGGCUAUUGGGUGAUGAUGUUGUUAUAACACUCAUAUCGCUGCAAGUUACUGCUUCUGAACUCACAGGCAGAGGCAGGCCACACUGAAGGUGUGCGUGUGCACUGUGUGUACUAUGUAAUUUGAUCGAACACACUAAAAAUCUCACCUCUUUUGUGGUUACCCGUGUUUCCCCCAGAGCAUACAACCUGAAGAAAAAAAAAAAAAGGUAUCGUUGGGUUGGUACAGAUCUGCAAAAAAAAAAAUAUGAUGAGGAAGUAGCUGGGGGCUUAGGUCACAAAAGAUUGUGAAAUAUAUGGAAGCUUGGGACACCUGGUGGGUUCAGCGAUUUAGUGCCGCCUUCGGCCCAGGGCCUGAUCCUGGAGUCCUGGGAUUGAGUCCCAUGUCUGGUUCUCUGCAUGGAGCCUGCUUCUCCCUCUGCCUGCGUCUCUGUCUCUGUCUCUGUCUCUGUCUCUCUCUCUCUCUCUGUGUGUGUGUCUCUCAUGAAUAAAUAAAUAAAAUCUCUAAAAAAAAAUCAAUAUAUGGAAGCCAACAUCUGGAAUUUUGCUUUAACUUCUCUCAGAACACAGUCGUGCCAUGUGUUCAGAAAAUACUUACUGAAUGUCUCUUGCGUGUCCAACACUGGAGAGACUGAGGUGAAUCGGAUGAAGUUCCCUAGUGUUUGAAGUUCACAGUCCAGGUGAGGUCGAAGCGGUUAAGCCCACCAACAGUGGCACACCGGUGCGGUAUGGGUUUCUGUAAGAACACAGGGUGCUGUGGGCCACGAAGGAGAUGACAGGAGAGGCCUCCCUGACGCGAUGACUUUUCAGUCCAGUUUUGAGGCUUGAGGAGUCUAGCUGUCGCGCUACAGGAACAGCUUCCAGGGAAGCCGGACAGUGGCUAAGGGGCAGGUGGGAAGCUGGGUGUGCUGCGGAAACAGAAGGCCGCCUGCGUGUCCGGCUGUCCUGGGCCACUGGGAUGGGUGGGAUGAGACCCUGGAAGUGGAGUAGAAUCAUAAGGGGAAAAUCUCGUGGUUUGCUCUGUAGAGGGGGCUGUGCUGUGUGGACAACAGAGAGACCUCGGGAUUAUUUUGAGCAGGAGGUACCACAUAUUUAAUGAGGUGGUGGAUGGUGCCUAGAUUUCAAAGAAACUAUACACCUUAAAAUUGGAUUUUUUUUUUAGUUAAUUAAUUAAUUAAUUUAUUUAUUUAUUCAUGAUAGUCACAGAGAGAGAGAGAGAGAGAGGCAGAGACACAGGCAGAGGGAGGGGCAGGCUCCAUGUAGGGAGCCCGACGUGGGAUUCCAUCCCUGGUCUCCAGGAUGGCGCCCUGGGCCAAAGGCAGGCGCUAAACCCCUGCGCCACCCAGGGAUCCCUUAAAAUUGGAUUUUAAACAUAACAAAAAAGAAACUAUACAGCUGCUGCUGGGUUCAUAAAAUAUUUUGUCCUCAAAGAUAAUAUUUUCCUUUAGGGCUCACAAGUGGGUUUACGGUUUGGGCGAGGUCUGUGUGUGGGCUGGAGAUCUCUUACGCACACGGGCACAGCAAUUGGCCAAAGGCUGGCCAUCGAGCAGGAACGUGCAAACGUGAAGAAGAAGGGUUUUCUGUGUGUCCUGUGACCCCCGCGUGCGGAGUCGGUCUGUCUGUGCUCUCGGGGCGCCCGCGGCCCAGGCCCACCCUGCGCUGCUCUGAGGCCGGGGCGCCCAAGGCCGCAUCCGUGUGGGCAUUCGGAUCCACGGAGUAAGGCGCGGCCCGGUGCCAGGUCGGGCCCCACGCGGUGGAGACCCGGGGGGGGGGUGCGGAGC